UUAAAACCAAUGCAAUUUAAUUUUUUCUAUUUUUCAAGACUACUAAACGAUGUUACAGUUAAUGAAUUACUCUCUUGUUGCAUUAUGUUGUAUUAUAUUGAAUGCUGUCAUUUCUUGUUAUUGUAUUAGUUAUUUUAAAUCACCUUCGACAGGUAAGAUCCAGAAACCUCUAUUUUUACCAGUCGACUAUAAAUGGCAGAGUAAAAAGUGCAAAGAAUUAGGAUUUAAAAUGAUGAACAUCUGUAUUCCAAAAAAGACUGAGAAGUAUCGAAAUGUUCCAAAAAGUAUAAUGACUAUACCAGGGGACGGAAAUUGUUUCUUUAGUGCUCUUUCUUAUUGGAUAACUGGUGCAAUAAAUUAUGGUGGACUUUUGCGUAAAAUUAUAGUCGACUAUAUGAAAAAUUCCAAAUCAUUUAAACUAAUGACAAAGGAAGAGGAACGAGAAACCCGUAUUUCAAAAAUGUACAACAUAUGUGAGUAUGCAGAAUCCCCCGAAAUAGCUACAGCAGCUGAAUUUUUAAAGAUAUCCAUAUAUAUUUACUCUUUAUAUCCUUUGGAGGGAUGGCACUUUAUUAGCAAAAAUGGAGUUGUUAACAAAGACGAAAAUGAAAGAUGCAUAUACUUGAUUAAUUAUAAAGAACAUUAUAAUGUUGUGCUAGAUGUAUAUCCAGAUAGAGAAGCUCGUCAACCUGAAGAUAUUGAAAAAAAAAUGAACGAGUAUUCUGAUUACAAUAUUUCUAUUGACCUGUCAAAACAAUCUAUUAGUAAACCUAUAACCAAUUUUUCCUAUCCAGAUAGAGAAGCUCGUCAACCUGAAGAUAUUGCAACAAAAGAAAUAAAACAAAACAAAACUCCUCAACCUGUUCCUAAAAAAACUAAAGAUAAUCAGAAACUUUUGAAGUACACCAACGAACAUUUUGAAAAUUACAUAACAGAAGUUAAAAAUAGAAUACGAACUGAAGAAAUAGAACAACAACGUUUAGAUAAACUGAAUAAUAUCGAAAAUAAGAAAAUAUCAAAUAUUUUUCGAGAUCCCAUCAAUAAGCGUCAAGACAGCGAUAUGAAGUUUAAUAAAUUCGUCGAAAAAUGUCAUCAAAAGUGGUUUGUAGCAGAAGAUCAAGAUUCCAAACCAAUGAAGAAAGAAAUAUCUUUAAUCAAUGAACAUGAACAACCAAUUAGGCAAUUUAACGAUGUACCCAUAGAACAGGAACAACCAACUAGGCAAUUUAAUGAAGUACCCAUAGAAAAGGAACAUGUUCAUAUGGAAUAUUUUAUUGAUAGAUUGGGACAGAAAUUCUGUCAGCCCAUCGCAACUGAUAUUUCAUUGGUUCAAAAUUACAGAACACCAGUUUACCCAUUAGAAAUCAGAGAUCAUACCACUGAAACAAGUUACCCAUCAGAAAUCAGUGAUCAAACCACUAAAAAAGUGAGAACACCACAUGAAGACACUUCUUUUAUUUUGGAUUUCUUUUAUCGUAUACAUCAGUGGGAAAAUUACCAUUUAUAAUAACAAAUAACAUAUAUUAAUUAUUUGAAUUGAAAUAAUCAAAUAUUUGUAACAAUUAAACCAGAAGUAAAAAAAGUUUCACUCUGAAAAA